CGAAAACGUAUUAUUUUCCGUCCAAACUAAAAAUCACUUUAACGAGCUAACAUCCGACUAUGUUUCCACCGUCUUGGGGGACUUUCUGAUGAUGGUCUAGUCAAAGCCACUCAAUCCGGCUUAAGCCAUUCAUCAUCAUUUCAGCACAAGUGUGUCAAUUCAUGGCGCCAUUUCUGCUCACUGUACUACAAGUCCUACUCGCAUUGACCUUCUGGAUCGGAAUCGGAUCAGGCUCGUCGAACCGUUAUAAUGCCGGCGAUCAUGUCCCUUUGUUCGUCAACAAAGUGGGUCCUCUCCACAAUCCAAGUGAGACCUAUCAAUAUUAUGAUUUGCCAUUCUGCCGUCCAGAGCCUGUGAUUGAGAAACAGGAAACUCUUGGGGAAGUUCUUAAUGGUGACCGAUUAAUGAGCUCGCUAUAUGAGCUGAAAUUUAGGGAGGACAAAACUCAUCUUGUAUUGUGCCGCAAGAGAUUAACAUCGAGUGAUGUUGCCAGGUUCAGAGAUACUAUUGCUCAAGAUUACUACUUUCAAAUGUAUUACGAUGAUCUCCCGUUGUGGGGAUUUGUUGGAAAAGUAGAGAGAGAUUAUUUUGGUCAAGAGGAGAAGCACACUAAGUAUUAUAUAUUCAGUCACUUAAAGUUUAAUGUUCUGUACAAUGCAGACGAAGUUAUUGAAAUCAACAGCUUUAGUGAUCCGAGUUAUCUGGUUGAUAUAUCCGAGAACACUGAGACUGAUGUUCAAUUUACAUACUCGGUUUCUUGGAAUCUGACUUCAGAACGCUCUGAGACAAGAAUGAAUAAGUACUCCCAGGCGUCGCUUCAUCCGAUCAGCCAGAAGAUUCACUUCUUCUCAUUUCUUAACUCGAUAACUGUUGUAGUUUUGUUAAUUGGACUUCUUUCUUUGCUCUUCGUGCGCCAUCUCAAGAAUGAACUAAGAAGUUCCUCGAUUGGAGAUGAAGAAGAAAAAAAGGAAGUGGGUUGGAAACUUGUACAAAGUGAUGUAUUUAGAUGUCCUCGGAAUGUCUCCUUGCUCUGUGCGUUCUUAGGAACUGGUACUCAGUUGCUAAUCUUGAUUAUUGCUCUAUUUGCAUUGGCCUUUACCGGUUUUUUAUACCCAUACAAUCGCGGAAUGCUGUUGACUUCUCUCGUCAUCAUGUACACUCUAACAUCCGUAGUGGCUGGUUACACAUCUGCUUCUUUCCAUAGCCAAUUCGAGGGAAACAAACAGAAAAGGAGUGUUCGUCUUGCUGGGAUCCUGUAUCCUGUCCCUUUCUUGAUAAUAGUUUCGGUCCUCAACACUGUGGCAAUUACUUACGGGGCAACAGCUGCACUCCCCUUUGGCACAAUAGUCAUCAUCAUCCUCAUUUUCACUCUUUUGAAUAUCCCAUUUCUCAUGUUGGGAGGAGUUUUAGGUAACCGGUUCGGAUUAUUAGAGUUUCAACCUCCAACCGCUGUUAAAAGAAACCCCCGUGAAAUUCCACUUCAGAAUUGGUAUCGUAGAAAGCUGUACCAGUUGUUUCUUGGAGGCUUUGUACCUUUCAUUGCAGUUGUUCUCGAGUGGCACCAACUCUAUGCAAGCUUGUGGGGAUUCAAAAUAUAUACCUCGCCUGGAAUAAUGCUUUUUACAUUCGCUGUGCUCAUCUUCUUGAGUACGAGUGUCGGUAUUAUCUUGACCUACAUUCAGCUAUCCGGUGAAGAUCAUGAAUGGUGGUGGAGAUCGAUAUUGUGUGGAGGAUUCUCAGCGGUAUUCAUGUAUGCGUAUGGAGUAUUGUUCUAUCUCAGGUCUGACAUGACUGGAUUUCUGCAGCUGAGUUUUUACUUAGGAUAUACUGCUUUGUUCUGUUACGCUCUCUUCUUGGUUCUUGGAACCAUAAGUUUCUUGGCUUCUUUGUUGUUUAUUCGCCACAUCUAUCGUUCUGUCAAGCUUGAAUAACUCCAAGAACUAACUCUUUCUUUCAUCAUGCGACUCAUCUCUGUAUUAGUAUCUUUUUUAUUUUAGUUGUUAACUCUUUCAUGUUUCUUUGUUAAGGAAAGGAAAUGAUCGUACUAAAUAUAGAAAGUUACAUUUUGUUCA